ACAGUGGUGUUUCCUAAUAAAGCCCAUUGUUGCCAUGGCUAGAGGCAACAGAAGCAUCCAGUUGUAUUUUCAAAACUGUGUUUGGAUAUUUCUGUCUUUCCUGGAGUUAGCAGGUCUCGUACACGGCGCAGCAGCGGUGUUUGUGGUAAAGGACGCCAACGGGACAGCUUGCAUCAUGGCCAACUUCUCCGCUGCCUUCAUGGCCAGCUAUGACACCAGGAGCGGGCCUAAGAAUGUAACCUUCGACCUGCCAUCUGAUGCAGCAGUAUUAAAUAGCAGCUCUUGUGGUAAAGAGAACGCUUCUGACCCCAGUCUCAUGAUUGCUUUUGGAAGAGGACAUGGACUGACCCUCAGUUUCACAAGAAAUGCAACACGUUACAGUGUUCAGCUGAUGAGUUUUAUUUAUAAUUUGUCUGACACACAGAUUUUCCCCAAUGCAAGCUCCAAGGUUAUCAAGACUGUGGAAUCUGCAACUGACAUCAGGGCUGACAUAAAUAAAAAAUACAGAUGUGUGAGCAACAACCAGAUUCACAUGCACAAUGUCACUGUCACACUCCAUGAUGCCACCAUCCAGGCAUACCUUGCCAACAAUAGCUUCAGCAAGGAAGAGACGCGCUGUGAGCAAGACGGGCCUUUUCCGACAACGGCGCCACCGCCGCCUCCCCACCCUUCGCCAUCGCCAACGCCCGAGAACCCCCCCGUGUACAAGUACAAUGUGAGUGGCACUAACGGGACCUGCCUGCUGGCCAGCAUGGGGCUGCAGCUGAACGUCACCUACAAGAAGAAGGACAACACGACCAUGACGAGAGUGUUCAGCAUCAACCCGAAUAAGACCACUGCCGGAGGGAGCUGCAGCCCCCAGCUGGUGACCCUGGAGCUCCGCAGCGAGAGCAUCCCCCUCCUGGCCUUCCAGUUUGGAAUGAGCGCAAGUACUAGCCGGUAUUUCCUGCAAGGAAUCCAGUUGAAUAUGACUCUUCCUGACGCCAGAGACCCCACCUUCAAGGCCGCCAACAGCUCUCUGAGGGCCCUUCAGGCCACCAUCGGGAAUUCGUACAAGUGUAACGCUGAGGAGCGCGUGCAGGUCACAGAGGCCUUCUCCAUCAAUAUCUUCAAAGUGUGGGUCCAGGCUUUCCAGGUGCAAGGAGACAAGUUUGGGUCUGUGGAGGAAUGCCAGCUGGAUGAGAACAGCAUGCUGAUCCCCAUCGCCGUGGGGGGUGCCCUGGCAGGGCUGGUCCUCAUCGUCCUCAUCGCCUACCUCAUCGGCAGGAAGAGGAGCCAUGCCGGCUACCAGACGAUUUAGCACGGCCUCUAGAGGCACAGACUAGCAGCCGCUGCGGGGUCUCUGCUCCUUUCCCUGAGCUUAGAUUGGUGUUGAGAGAGGCACACUUUCUUGCAAACUGAUUUCAAAUCUGCUUUAUCCAAUGUGAAGUUCAUCUUGCAACAUUUACUAUGCACAAGAGUAACUUUGAAAUGACGGUGUUAAUUUUGCUAACUGGGUUAAAUAUUUUGCUAAUGGUUCGACGUUAAUAUUUACCAAAGUAGAACUUUAAGGUGGGAGGGUAAGAGUGCUUUUCUAAGAGGGCCACUGGCUCCACUAUCAUUUGGCUUUUUAAGAUUCUGGUGUUUGGCCCCUUCAUUCUUGACUGAGAUUUCAGCCUCGCCAAGGGAGGUUCCCUGGUCUUGACCUUAGGACCUCUGAGGAGGGCUGGCUAGGUGUUAGGCUGGUAUGCUUAAGAAAUUAGUAGAGAAAGAAGAUCUUAAAACAGAAGUACUCCAGAAGAUGAAAAUCUGGAACGCUUAAAUUAAGCUUUAGAAGCCAGGACAGGCCCGGCCACCCCGCCCACCCAGGCGGCACAGCUCAGUACUUGGGCACGGUCACUCCUAUGCGUCAGGGCCUUUGGUCUUUCCAUGCUCUGCCACUCAAGAGCUGGCACUUUUUUUAAAAUAGAUAAAUGGGUGUUAUUUUUAUUUACCUUUUUGUAAAGUGAUUUUCAGUCUUCUGUUUGAGGUUCAGGGUGAUCCUGUUCUGCACUUGUGUAAAUACUGGGUAUCACACUCUGAUCUACCCGCUUGCCGCUCGGGUGGCUGUGCACUGAGGACCCUUCAUGUCUCGCAUUGCUGUAACAAUGCUAAUAAAACAUCUCUUUCUUUCUCUGUCUGGA